AGGAGGCUGCUGGCUCUCUUCUUGAGCAGCCCCAGCAGCCCUGCCUUCUUUGCUGGAGAAUAUAUUCAGGGAUUCCCCUUAAUAAUCACCUACCCUCUGAGCACUUUGUAGUUUUAAAAUAAUAAAGAGCCCCCAAAGCUUCCUCCCCACAAAAAGCAGGAUCUUCUCAGAGCCAGGGGGGCAGCAGCUCCUCAGCACAGAGCCCGAACCCAUUCCCAGUCCCUCUGCUGGGGAGGAAACUCUGAUCUGUCAGCCCAACAGAGGGAAAGGGGGGAGAGGAGAGAGAGGAGAAAAAAAAAGCAGCUGGAAAGGGAAAGGAACGUCUGGUAGUUGUGAAGUGAGUCCACUGGAAAACCCACCAACGCGCUUCACCCCGCACAGACAAUCUGCUUCAUCUUGAUUCAUCAUCAUUCCAGGAUAGUGGUAUCCCUGGGGCUCUCUCUUAACAUUGAUAUGGUACAGAAGAUUUAACAUCAGCUGAUGUUCACAAGGAAUAGAGUCACGUGAUGUAUGAAGGCAAACACAUACACUUCUCUGAGGUUGACAAUAAGCCCUUGUGCUCAUAUAGCCCCAAACUGUGCAAGCAGAGGCGACUUAACGGCUACGCCUUCUGUAUCAGACACGUUCUGGAGGACAAGACUGCCCCCUUCAAGCAAUGUGAAUAUGUGGCCAAGUAUAACAGCCAACGCUGCACCAACCCCAUCCCCAAAUCUGAGGACCGUAGGUACUGCAACAGCCACCUGCAGGUACUUGGCUUUAUACCGAAAAAGGAGAGGAAGAAAAAGAAUGAUCCCAUAGAGGAGGUAAAGGUCAGGCAUCAGAUGGAUGCUAUGGCCUUCAGUCUGACAGUGCCCACCCUGGCCUUGAAGAUGCCCAAUGGACUGGAUGGGAUGUCCCUCUCCCCUCCAGGGGCUAGGCUCCCUCUCCAUUACCUGGAGGCAGAAUUAGAAGACCCCUUUGCUUUCAACGAGGAGGAUGAUGACCUAAAGAAAGGGGCAACGGUGAGGAAAAAGUUGCAGAGCAAGUUGGCUCAAAACCGGCAGCGCCAGAGAGAGACAGAGAUUUUAAAAGUUCGCCAAGAGCACUUUAGCCCCCUUCCUGCACCUUUGCAGCAGCAGCCUCUGCAGCAGCAGCACUCCCAUCUGCCACCUUCAUCAGCUUCGUUAAAGCCGACAGGGCUACCGCAGGGCAUAGUCUGCAAGUCACCUCAACCUCCGAACACCAGCCUACCAAUGCAGGGAGUGGCACCCACCACACACACUAUAGCACAAGCCCGGCAGUUGUCUAGCAAGAGACCUCUGCCUGUCCUGCCACCCGCUAGGGCUCCUGUCACGGACGCUCCAAGGACUGAUCGGGUCCUCAUGAAAGCCACAGCCUUCUCUCCGCACUCGUCCUGCAUGAGCCGGCUACAGAGACUGGUGAAACUGUGCACUCGAAAACAGCAGCUGGACACUGAUCUGUUUCCACAUUUAGGGCUGGAUUGGUCUGAAGACAGUGGAGAAGAGUUGGAGGAUUCAGAGCAAACCUCCCCUUACCAGGUUGCGUGGUCUAUCCGAGAAACCCUCGGCUAUGAGAGACAUGAGUCCGAUGAUGACAAUGCAGAUGACAGGAGUUCCAGGGUGACUAGACUUUGCACUUACUUUCAGCAGAAAUACAAGCACCUCUGCCGCCUGGAGCGGGCAGAAUCUCGUCAGAAGAAAUGCCGGCAUACACUCCGGAAAGCCUUGCUGCAGGCGGCCAGCAGAGAGCCGGAGCGUGCUGGGCAACUGAUACAAGAACUCCGAAGAGCUACGUGUGCUCGUACCAGCACAAGCCAAGCAAGGCAGAGAGAUGCAGAACCAACAACCUGUAGUGGGACUUCGAAGGGAGAACAGUGCACUAACAAGGCCCUUCCAUUCACCAGGCAUUGUUUUCAGCAUAUCUUAUUGAACCGUUCUCAGCAGCUCUUCUCAAGUUGCACAGCCAAGUUUGCGGAUGGUCAACAGUGCUCUGUGCCAGUUUUUGACAUUACACAUCAGACACCUCUGUGUGAAGAACAUGCCAAAAAAAUGGACAAUUUCUUGAGAGGGGACAGCUCCCGUAAAGUUCAGCACCAGCAGCAGAGGAAACCCAGGAAAAAAACGAAGCCACCUGCACUUACCAAAAAACACAAGAAGAAGAGAAGGCGAGGCCCACGUCGGCCCCAGAAACCCAUUCCUCCUGCAGUGCCCCAAGGGAACCUCACCAUGCCUGCCAGUGUCUCACUGCCAGUAGAGAUGCCCCACAUACGGAGCCCCUCCACACCAGAGCUGAGUGCCGAUGAGCUGCCUGAUGAUAUCGCCAAUGAAAUCACAGACAUUCCACAUGACUUGGAAUUGAAUCAGGAGGACUUCUCUGAUGUCCUGCCGCGGCUGCCCGAUGACUUGCAAGAUUUUGAUUUCUUUGAAGGUAAAAAUGGAGAUCUCCUUCCGACUACAGAAGAGGCUGAAGAACUGGAACGGGCCCUACAGGCUGUAACUUCUCUUGAGUGCCUGAGUACCAUUGGAGUACUUACACAGACAGAUGGUGUGCCAGUUCAGGAGCUGUCAGAUAGAGGGAUAGGGGUAUUCUCUACAGGUGCUGGAGCUCCAGGAAUGCAGUCCUUGAGUCGAGAGGUUAACACGGAUCUGGGGGAGCUGUUGAAUGGGCGUAUAGUACAUGAUAAUUUCUCCGGUCUGGAGCUGGAUGAGAACUUGCUCCGUUCUGCUACCUUGUCCAACCCACCUACGCCCCUGGCAGGGCAGAUCCAGGGGCAAUUCUCAGCCCCAGCCAACGUCGGCCUUACUUCUGCCACUCUCAUAAGCCAGAGUGGCCUUGGGGAGAGAGCCUUCCCAGGACAGUUUCAUGGACUUCAUGAUGGCAGCCAUGCCUCCCAGAGGCCCCACCCUGCCCAGCUGCUGAGCAAGGCAGAUGACCUGAUCACCUCACGACAGCAAUACAGCAGUGACCAUUCACACUCCUCACCCCAUGGAAGCCAUUAUGAUAGUGAGCAUGUGCCGUCUCCCUACAGUGACCAUAUCACAUCCCCUCACACCACAUCCUUUUCUGGUGAUAACUUGGCAGCUACCUUCUCAGCAGAGAUGCCCAUGAUGGCACAGCACUUGCUCCCAACUCAGCUGGAUGUGCCACUUAGCGGGGUGGUCAACCCCAGAACUCACUGGGGAAAUCUUCCUGUCAAUCUUGGGGACCCCUCUCCGUUUAGCAACCUUCUUGGUGCAGAUGGACACCUCCUGUCCACCUCCCUGUCCACACCACCUACCACCUCGCACUCAGAGACCACACAGCCUGCCUUCGCCACUGUGACCCCCAACAGCUCCAGUGUGCUUCCGGGGUUACCGCAGACCAGUUUUAGUGGCAUGGGUCCUGCCUCUGCUGAACUCAUGGCCUCCACCUCCCCUAAACAACAGCUCCCUCAGUUCAGCGCAGCCUUCGGGCACCAGCUGAGCUCCCACAGUGGCAUCCCCAAGGACCUGCAGCCCAGCCACAGCUCCAUAGCUCCUCCCACGGGCUUCGCAGUGACCGGUGCCACCGCUACCAGUACCAAUAACGCAUCCGCGCCCUUCACCACCUCCAACUGAGCUUGUCUGCCUCGCUCUGUGCAGGUAGAUGGGGGACCUGUGUUUUCUAUCUUUCCUUUUUUCCUUUUUCUUUAUUUUUUCUGUCCUCCCUUCCCUUUUUUUUAAGAGGGGGUUAAGAAGAAAACCCCUGCUUCAGUACUGACCAGGGUUAGCCCUCUGUGAACCUUGCUGUAGCGUUCACAUGUGCUUGUUACGCACCGGUGCUCAUUUAUUGCAGGCAGGUUUACCGUUCCCCAAUAAUUCCUUAAGGAUACAGUACAGUUACUGGAUGUAAUUGAUCUUAGCAGUAAGACCUAGAAAUGGGAAAGAUACCUCAGAUUACUGAUGCAUGUUACUGUUUCCUAGGGUUCGGAUCAGUGCUUGCCAUCCCAUUAGCAUCUGGUAGAAAGUUUUCCAGUGGGCAGAAGUCCUUUGAUUUUUUUUUUUUGUUUGUUUGUUUUUAUUAUUUACUUUUUUCCCCGAAGGUAGCAUCUGGCAUAGAAAACUUGGCUGCACACAUUGAUUUGAGAAUGGUGCACUGAAGUCCUAAAUCAAGAUCAUGGUUCAAGGAUGAGUUUGGAAGUUUCUUGAAAUAGUCUCUUGACCUCCUCUGUGUGCGUGUGUGUGUUUGGGGUGCAGGGAGCAGCAGUUCCUUUUCUUCUUCUGGUGAAGAAGUAGGAGUUGUCCCCUUCCAGAACUGGUCACUGUUCUUACUGCAUGCUGAUUUUUGUUUUUUUAUUAUGAUGAUUUUUAAUUCAUUGAGCAGCAAGGGGAUCAGUUGACUGGUUGCCCAGAAUCUGAAGGCUGAUACGAAGUUAGCCAAGGGAAAAAAAACCCAAACCGGAAGGAUUGAAAUAGAUCAUGGAUUACUGAAGAUUCCUGUACAGAAAUUCCCUCCCUUGCUGAAUUACUGUGGCCUUGUAGCAUUGAUGAUUUGCCUUUUCAAAGUGUGGCUUUGUCCAAAACUCCUUGUCUGACAGGUUGACAGGUAUUUCCCAGCUGAAACUGGAAGAAUUUGGUUGGUAUUCUGCCCAUCCACACAAGUCUAGGUCAGACCCUUUGGUAAGUUUCAAAUGGAUGCAUUUCUAGCUACUGAGACUUUCUUGGAUAGUAUUUUCCCCCCUGGGAGUCAUAUAGUUUUUUUGACACUUCUAGGGUUUGAUGCUCUGUAUGGGAAGUUGAAUGUACGUAAGGAACUAGCAGGUACCUAUCAGCAGUCUUGGCUAACCAAAAGAGAAAUCACUAAAGCAAAAUAGAUAAGAAUUCCUUCUGUCUGCAGGACAGUUUUACUGCCCACCUGCUAAAGAUAGUAUUCAGACUCUUUGGUAGUAAUUUCAGUUCUUAAAGAAAGGAGUCCACUAGCUUUUAGAUUUUUUUUUUUUUUUUUAAUUAAAUGAAAUAAUUUUUUUAAAAUCUAAUUUUAAUUUUUUAAAUGUUUUUUAAUCCAAGAGAUAACAGCAGCAGAAAUUCUGAGGUGUUUAUUUGCAUCUUCUUAUCAGGAAGGGAAAAAGGGAAUUUGUUUGUGACUUCAUAGGGCUCAAACUGUACUCUGACUUUGACUGUAACAGUAGCUCCUACUUAAUAUAACAAGUCUCUACUCUUCUUGGUUUGUUUCUGAGAUGCAGAUGAGAGAGAACAGAAAAUCCCACAUUUCAGUCUCUUACUGUACAAGAAAGAUUUCAUUCUAACUUACAGUAAAACUUCCUACCUGUAUGUAUUCUAGUCUAAUUCAGGAAAUUAAGAUAUACCAAGCACAUGUAAUACAGAGGCCUAAUAAAUUAUGUGAGCAAGGGUUCAUUGAAUGGAAUUUAGUUGCUAUAGAAAUUCAUUUUGUUAGCAGUCAGGCCCACACCAAAAUCUCUGACCCAAACCUCUCCUUCCAUCUUGCUAAGGAACAGAAUUUAAAUGGGAUAGGUCUUGUGUCUUCUUACUAUUGUAGCAAUCAUACUAUCCCUCUUUUCUUGAAAGAUUUGUUCUCCUUAAACAUAAAGGAGUAUGGAUGAUGCAUAUGUCCUUUUCUGAAAUUGCAAGUGUAUGUGGGUGGAGGAAACAAAAAUUAUUUUCAUGCUUCUGUUGUUAUGAAGUCCUUAUUUCAUACUUGGUAAAAUAGAUCUUAAUAAUAUAAGCCGAAUAUUUUUAAGUGGUGAUUUAAAUAUGUUUGUAACAUUUAAAUGUUUUUAAAUCAUGUAAAAAGUUGAAUUGAAGCCUAUGAAAUCCUGCUUGUGAUUGUCCUGCUGAUUGAGGAAUGCCCAGUGGUAUUGUGAAAUGAGGCAAAUCUGACAAGGCAUUUAUUUAUUUUUGUAUUAUGUUCCCCAUACUUUGUUGAGGAGACAACUGUUUGGUUUGCAAAUAAUUUUCAUUGUGUCCAUAUACCUUCUUCAAUGUGUUUGGAUGACUGGCGGAAAAAGAGUGGAGAACUAGUAUACCAAAUGGUUAAUUCUUUAAUCUGCUUGUGUAUUCAUGUCAUUUUAGAGGAUGUUAAUUUCUAUAAAUUGGUUUCAGGACUUCGGUCUUGAAAUAGUUCUUGUGCCCAUCAAACUCUUUAAUGAAGCUGCAGCUAGUGCAGAGUAUAUUUGCCCCACAUCACAUUUCUCUUUCUUAGCGAAUGCCAGGGGGGAAGGGAGGAGAGGAACUGAGAGCCAAGUUCUGCUUGCUCGUGUUGCUAUAAACUACAGAGGAGCUCUUUGGUCUAAGGUCACUGUGAGUUUGUACUGGUCUAACUCAGAACAGAACCCAGCUCCUAAUCUGAGCAUUGAUCUAGACAGGGAAUUUCAAAAGCUGACAAAGCCAUGCAGGUCUGUAAUUCCCAUUUGAAAUAAAUGGCUGUUACGUACCUGCAUUCCUUUAAGACAGCCUAGGAUAUCAACUCUCUUCCCCUGCUUAGACUUCAAUUUUUGUAUAUCCCUGGAUGACUCUUCCCUGAAAAGUGACUACAUAACAUUUUUCAAUGAGCAAACUAAGUUUGCAAUAAAGCUGCACUUUUAAAAAUAAACUUCGGUUUGUAUACAUUUGAAAUAGGAAUCCCUCUGUCCUGUCUGACACAGUUCUGAAAUGGGCCACCACUCUUGCCUUUUCCUGGUUCACCUCCCGUCUUUUCACUGCUGCCGAUUUCAUGGUUACAGCCUACCAAGCAGUUACGGGUCUUGAUCUUAGCUUUACAAGGUGGAUCAUUCCAGGUGGGCUUCUAUACCCACACAACCUCUUGACUUCAGUGAAUCAGUGUCUUACUGUUGGAUGUGAGAGAUCCAAUCCAAGAGGUAUGUGCAGCCAGAGAUGUUUCACACCUCUUCCUCUGGGAAAUACUGUGGGUCUGGUUAAGACAGUCCUCGAGGCUGAUAUUUAUUGUGGUUCCCGGGUAGAAUCCAUGCUCUCUUGCAAAGGUUUUUAAGUAUCUCCUCGUAUAGCAAUUAGCACUCUAAUCACCCUUUCACCAAAGAGCCAGUGUAGCAAUUUCAGUCCAUUGAUUUGUGAUGGUCAAUACCUGUCAUGCCCUCUACGUGUUAACAAAUGGAAUAAAGCUAGUUGAACCUAAAAGUUAAUUUCUUUACAGAAGAUUUGAGUUUUAAAGAAUUGAAAAAAAAUUAGGCUUAGAAUAAAAUACCUGUAACAUAAUUUUUUGUAAUAAUAGCACCUCAAUUAGUCUUUAUACAAAAGUACUUAACACAAGAUGAACUCUGGCAGUGUACAGAGAGGCUCCUCAGGAACAGCCUCAUGCUGGUCUGGUGCGUAAGACAUUCUGUAAGACACACUUUGAAGUUUCCUUUCACUUAAGAAGACUUUAUGCCAAGUUUGAGGGGAGCCAUAUGCACUGAGAUACCUCAAAGUUGAUUUAUUCUUCGGCCUCGUAGUUACUAUGACACAAGAAGAUGUAUGCAUGAUGCAAGAAGGUGGAAAAGAUGCAUCAUUUUGUCUCCUCCUGCAUUCCAGUUCCUCCAGGUUCUUGCUCAGUUCCAUUCUCAUUAGUAGCAUGCUUCUCUCUAUGGCUGGGAAUAAAGGCUUUAAAUCAAUAAUGCUGAGAGGUAGUGCAGUUGCAGGUCUGCCUCAGACAUUGUGGAGAAGAUGGCAACAGCUAGAUUUCCCACUUCAUUCAGCAGGUUAGUGAAAUGAGGAUUUGCAGUUCUCAUUUGGACAGCAUUGGAAGGCCCUGAGAAGCUUGUUGCCUGCUAGGCAAAAAUCAGAGAUGGUAUUGGAAGUACAAAUGCAAGGAGAAAAAUGUGCAAGGAGAGUCAUCCAUAAUAGCAAAAAGAAGCCAAGGGAAGUAGCUUUUGAUUUUAUUGUUUUUUAGAGGGAGAUGGGUAGUAGAAAAAUUGGGAAGUUCUGUCGUGAGCUGUUGGGCAGUGUGAUGCCACUGGCUUCAGGGGCAUGACCAAGGCGAAGGGCCUAGGAUUGAACCUGCAAACCAGUAGCCAAGUUCAGUUUGAAGCUUCAUUUUGCUAUAACCACGUCUAAAUACAAUCUGGGAUUGGAUCUGCUUGCCAGGAAGGUCUCAGGACAGAGUACACUGAGCAGUGGACAGGUGUCUUCCCUGAGAAGCUGUCCCUGGUGGUUGUAUACACAUGUUGUUAGUCUGCUUCCAAGCCCCAGCUCCUCCCUGAGCUGCUGCAGCAUCAUGGCUGCUGCAUUUCCCUGGGGCAUUCGAAAGGCUCCAAGGGUAUUUCUCCCUGUCUUUGUGCUGCAGUGACUUAAAUCCAGUGGUGAAUUCUCCAACAGGAUGAGCCUUUGGGCAGGGAGGAUGGAAAAAUUUUUAGAAGAGCCAGCUACCUGUAAUUGAAUCUUUCAAGACUUGUAGGGUGCAGGGAUGGUGGCAAGAGGUGCUUUCAGCAGAUGAAGAAUAGAAAACUUAACCUGCGGUGAUCUCCUGCAGCGAGGCAUUUGGGUGUCUGGGCAGCAUCCCUGCUGGGGUGUUUCCUUUUGCUUUUGUAUGUUUACCGUUACAUGUGAAGGAGUCUCCUGUGUAGGCGUGUUACAAGGUCUGGUCGUGGUGGAAGUAUUAACUGAAGGAAUAGUUUGGGGCUAAUAUGCUGAUCAGGUCUUUAGGUCUUUCUGAUCUUCUGGUCACAAGGUGUUUCUGGUUUCGUGGGUAACAUUUAGUGACGGGUUGUUGUGCGCUGCUUCUCAUACCUCCUUUAUUUCCUUCCUCUCUACAUUCUUCAUCAUUCUUUCUUUUGUUCUCCUAUUCUCAGAUACUUCUCCAGUGUAAGUAAUGCUAAUCAGUAAGUCUUCCGUGGUCCUGAGCAAAUCUGACUGUAAAAUGAAAAGGAGGAGAGAUUCCUGCAAUUCAUAAUGUACAUUUUGGAUGCUAGAAUGACAGUGCAAUAGAUCAAAGUAUUUCUCAGAUCAGCAAGUAAGAUGAUGUUUCACAGCACGCUAAUAUGUCAUGAACUAGAUGCUGAGAGUACAACACGGGAGUGUAUAUGCUAGCAGUGAAUGCGCAGGUGUUUUUAGCAAGAGUUUACCUUCUCACAGGUUCCUCUUCUUUUGAGAAGUUCAUCGGUAGGAAGUCACAAAGAAAAUUUUAAAUUAUUCUUUUUAAUACCUGCAAGCACAAAUAAGAGUAAGGAGGGUUGGUGGAAAAAAAAAAAAAUCUGUAUUUAUGUUCACUAAACUUAAACUUGGACUUUAGGAGAGGUCUGGUCAUGAGAGACCUUAGCUCUAUCAGGUGAAGUAAAACAACAGUGACUGUUUUGGGACCUUCUCCCUUUGCUGUUCUGCUGUGCUACUUUUUGUGGUUGUUGGGUUCUUUGCUCUCCCCUGUUUUAUUCUGCUUUCACGUACUCCUUCUCUGGCUACUAUGGAAUAAGGGAGUGGAAGCAUGAAAGGAGAAAGAGGGCUUGGCCGUAGAUCGCCAGCAAUAGUUGGAUAAGGCUCUCUUUGUGUCUCCCUGAAAUAAGUGUUGGCACCUUUUCAGUCUACUCUGGCUCAUAGAAUUCAGAUUGGAAGUGAACAGGAUGAAACUUGGGCUUGUGACCUUAAAACUGUAUUUACUCGAUGUAGAAAAAUGCAUUCUUCCUACUCCUUCCCCUUGCUAGUCCCCCAAACACACACACAGCGAGAUGUCCAGAGUACCAGCGUAUCGACCGCAUACGCGUACUGAACUUGAUCCAGUAAUGCUAAUGUUUUACCUGCUUUCUGUCGUCGUCAGCCAGUGCCCACAGAGGUGAACUCUGGAUAGGUAACAUUCCCAGAUAUCCUCUGGAAAACUUUAACUUUGGUGCAGAUUGCUCUGAUGUAGCUGACUGCGAUGGCGUUGGCUUCUACCUUGGAGUGGACUGAUUUACCCUGAAAUGACUCUCUAACCUGCAUCUUAAACAGUGUAGUUGGCUCCGGUGCAACUAGAUUCAUUCUGAAGUGACGGAGAGCUCGAUUCUCACGCAAAAUAGCUACAUCCUACCAGAAGGGGUUGAACCAGUUUCUCUGAACAGUGAUGACCUUCACUGUACAGUUUUGGGUAUGUCUCAGGGAUUCCUUGUGGAAAUAAGGGCAGUUAACAAAAAAAAAAAGUAAAUAGUUUUAAAAGUAAAUAAUAAUUUAAGGUAGAGCGUCACCUAAGUGAGAGCGCAAGAAGGAGAAAUCUUUGUUCAGUUUUAUAGUCCACGGUGUCUGGCUUAGGGACUCUUUCUCUUCUCGGGGCUCUCAUCUCAAGUUCAACGUACAGAAUCUUUUUCAUCACGCUCAGCUUUAAACUUUUUAUUUAAAGAUACCCUUCCCCAAUGAGCUUUCAGAAUACUUAUUGUAGAUUUUAAGAGAAAUGGUAUAUUAAUUUAUGCUAUUAACAUCACCUCAUAAAUUAUAAGUUUUAUACUAAAGCUGUAUUGAGUGUAAUGAAUUAUGUUGCAUAUGUGUUUUUAAUAGCUAUAAAAUUAUAUACAAGCUUUUUUGGAAAAACAAACUAGUGAAGCACCUUUUUACACUGGAUCUUUGCCGUGUCAAGGUGUACAGCUAUUCUUUGCUACCUUGCAGAUAUCUAUAUCUAUAUAUAGAUAUAUAUAUAUAAAUAAAAUAAAAUGGUAUCCUGUAUCAACAAAGCAUAGAACUCUUUUUAACCCUUAUAUUACUGUUCCUAUAACUCUUUUUAAAUUUUAUUUUGAGUGUUACAUUCUGCAAUAAUUUAUCUGUGGUUUGUACCUAUGAUUAGAAAUUUAGUUACAGGGUAAAUAGAUCAAAUUAAAAAAAUCCAACUACUGUAGCUGGAAGUUGUGAACCAAGUUUGUAAGACCUUUUCUUUUUCUUUUCUUUUUUAAUGUAUUUAUUUCCAGUUAGCUCUGUGAGUUGGAAUUUGAAAAGUCAGAACGUUAGGAAUCUACAGUGUCUUAUUUGGGAAUUUUUCCCCUCCUUUCCUCACAAAGGAAUUCCCACUGUGACUUAUAAAUAGAAUUAGACUGCUUGUGUGCAUGUAUGUAUUAUAUAUACACACAAAAAAUAUGCAUUGGGGGGGGAUGUAUGUGCGAUACGAAUGUGUAUAUUGUAUGUAGGUCAUAGUUUUGUAAAGAGAAAAGUAGUUGAGAGGUGAUGGAAUGUAUUGUAGAAAUGUGAUUAUUUAGUAGGGGGUUGUUAUGUCCUCACUGUUGUAUAAAUAACUGAAACUCUCUACUACAUAAUCUUCUGUUAUAAGGCUAACUCUGAUAUCAUGUCAAUUUUACUGUUUUUUUUAAAUGAGUUGCAUUGAGCCCUGUUUAAAAUGCCAUGAAAAUACCAAGCUCCCAAAGACAGCCUUUAAAUAAAACAAAUGGGGGAGGAGGAGGGAUGGGAGAAAUGAGUGAUAUUUUUCAGGAGAAAUUGAAAUGGGAAAGUCUGCAUUUGGUGGGAUGGGGAGACAUGGGAAUUGCUGUACCUUUGCAAACUAAUACCUGAAUUUCCUGUGGUCUGACUUGGAAAAUGUUGUCAAUCAGUUCAAAUUAGGUUGUGAGGGGCACUGUUUGUGGGGUCAUCUCCGUUCUGUAAAAGGAUCUUGUCUUCAAAGUAGAUUCUUUUCUUCCCUGAGGGUCUUGGCGUGUCUUGAUUUUGCCCCAAAAUUGCUGUUGUGGGAUUGCAGAGCAAAAUACAAUUUCAAUCCAAGGAGUUUCACUCGUGCUGUGAAAUUCUGAAUUUAAUUAUGGCCACUUAACUCUUUUUUCAUAAUUGGAGAAGGAAGAUUUCCUUUAUGGGUGUUCUCACUUGAAACUGUGAGAAGUCAGAAACAUUCUUACAGAUUGGCUUACUCUUCAUACUGUUCUAUUUAGGCUGGAGAAAGUAACCUAAUUGUUAUUUAUUCAUACAGUAUCACUUUUAACGAUGAUGAUCCUGGUGACUUUAAAAAUCUGUUUAGAAAAAUCAGAGCUUCCAAUGUUGCACAGACAUUUGAAUUUUUGAAGGCUUUUUUUUUUUUUAAGCAGUUGCAAAUCAAAUCUUAAUUUUCAAAUUAUUUUUUAUAUAUCCCCCUCCUUAUCAGUAUGUUGAUAUCCCCCAGGCAUCCCUCCCCCUUUCUCCCUCCCCGCAAUUUGUUUCUGGCACAUAUGCAUACAAGUGAAAGGGCAGGGAGGUGGAAUUUGUCAGAGGCCUUUCCUUCUGCUUAUUUGGUGGUAAUGGGAGUUAGCAGCAUAAUUCUUUAUGCCUUUACGGGGAAGAAUAGACCCAUUUUUGUGUAUACCUGUACAGAGAGAUAUAUCUGUAUAUGAGAUGUUGGUAGCACUUUGCUGAAUGUGGACUUGCCCUCAUGAUGUACAAUAAAUACGUAUGAAUGCAAUCAAUCUAAAUCUAUAUAUACAUGCAUACAGAUGUAUAGAUGGAAUAUAUGUUGUAUCACACACAUGUACAUUAGUUGUAACAUGAGUAAGUGUGUGAGCUAAAGAGAGAGACUCCACGUAACGUAUGUGUAACAGGUAAGCACUUGUGCCAAACAAGGUUGUUUUAAGUCUUCUGAGGGAUUUGGAUGACGUCAAUGACUGAUCUGAGCUUGGUCACCAUUGAUUUGUGUUACCUCAGCCCUCACAGUGGAGUUCCCUUGGUACGUCUCUGCUUUUGUUUAUCCUGUGUGAAUACUCAUUGAGGCCUCUUGCAAUGCCAACCUCUUCUGCUUCUCUGCUCCAUCGCCUCCAUUCCAGCUCCUCCUCCUCCUCCCUGCAUUUCUACAGUUUCUCUUGCUAACAGCAGUCAGCUUUAAUGGCCCAAUCCAGCUCUGCCUACGCAUUAGGGAAAUGCUCUUGGUGACUGCAGUGGCAGCUGAAUUGGGCCCUGACCACUUGCUUGAACUUACGCAGAAUUUCCCAGCUAUUCAAUUGUGCUUGAGUACGACUGCAAUUGAUUUGCAGAUGAACACAAACUUUUCUCAGAACCUGAUGCAAAGCUUCCUAGCACAGUAAAAGGUGAACGCAGUAUCGUAUUUGAGAGGCAAGUGUUCAAAAUGAGAAAAAUGCACCCACUGAAAAUCAUCUUCAAUUUUCAGCCCCAGGGAGAACAAGGGGGUUUGGUUGGUGUUCCCCAUAAUGCAGGCAGUAAGCAGAAGGCAGCCCUCUGCUCUGCUGUGAGCAGUGGGGUUGUCAUCAAACAUACCAAGAGGAACACAGCUCGUUACAUUUUACCAUUAAACAGGUUUUAAAAUGAGCUGCAGAGUUGGCCAUUAACAUGCUAGCACUUUGCAUCUAAUUGUGUAUCGAAUGAUCUUGCUCAUGCAAGUAAAUUGUGGUUUUAAGUAUUUUAUUUUCUGUUUUCUGGCUAAAUGGAGCUUCUAUAUCCUUUUAGCAGAAAGCAGCUGUCAGAAACCUGCUCAGUCACAUUUAAGCACUGUUGAAAAUCCUGGCUAACUUUAGGCUUCAGUUUCAAUGGAGAAUGCUGCUCCAAUUCUGUCAUCGAGCCGUACUGCAUUCCACAUUUUCAGUAUGGGUAUGGCACAAUUUUUCUUGGCCCCAAUUCAGCCCUGGAAUUUUGUCUUCCUUGCAUUUCUAUUAGAAAAAGGUAACUGGUGUGCUGUUCCAUCUGAGCUUUCAUGCAAUCAUACACAAGGAUUUCUAUAAUACAUAUGUUCGGGCGUGUGUAUGGGUAUGUCUGUGUACUGUGUGUGUAUAAUACAUAUUUAUACGCACACAUAUAUUACGCUAUUUCAGUUUAUGUAUGUGGAGAACGUACCUGUUGGUUCUCUCCUGAUAUAUACUCAUGCAUACGUAUAUUAAAUAUGUAUAUAGAUUGUAGAUGUCCUGCAUAUACGCAUGUAUAUGUUAUGAACCUUGGUUGGCAAUUUUUUUCCCACUUUUUGCAAAUUGCUGUCCUUUAUGACAUAUUUUCACUGAAGCUGCAUUAUAUAGAAGAAAUGGAGAAAUGUGUUAUCAAAGUUUUAUUUUAAAAAGGAGACUCUUAAUUAUCUAAAGCCAUUUGUAAUUGUCUUUUGAAUUUUUGCUAGAAGGGUUGUUAUUAUUGAAAAAGAAGGAAAAAAAAAAAGAAAAAAGAGAAAACAAAAAACCAAAAGCAAGCAGACAAGCCCUUACUCCCACCAUCACCUGGACAGGUGGACAUAAGAAAGAGGUGGAAACACAAGUUUCUAGGUUUUUGUUUCUUUCAGGGGUUUCUGAGGCAUACUGUACUGUGUUCUGCCCCAUCCCCCCUUUUGUCCAAUUAUAAUUAAUGAUUCAUGGUUUCUUUUACACAGCUUUUCCCCUCAUUACUUUACUUUCGUAAAUCAUUAUUCACCUCCUACAUUCAAUAGUGCUGAUAUCACUAAGGAGAUUUCAUGUCCUUUUGUCCUUUCCAGGAGAAAUACCAGUGCAUCACUGUUGUGUUACAUUUUAACAUACUUUGUGGAGGAUGGAUGUUUUUAUUGAAGAUGUCUGUAACAAGUCUUUAACUUAUUUAAUGUGAGAAGCCUUCAUUGGAAUCUAGCGCUUGUUUGUUUCCAACGAGUUUCUGCAACUGUUUUUUCACCGACAUGUUAAGUAGUCCCCUUCUUAUUUGAUGCCUGAGGUUUUAUGGUUUGGGUUCGUUGUUGUGGGUUUGAUUUUUGGCUUUUUUUUUUUCCUCUCCGAUUCCCAAAAAUGUUUCUCUGCAAGUGGAGCAAAACAGAUGUCAGAAUCUCAACCAAUAUCCUUUUUGCAGUUAAGGGGUAAAUAUCUUUAUCCUAGAUUUAAUAAACAGAAGGUGGCAAAUGGACAAUCUGAAGUGCUUAGAGGGAAUGCUCACUAUUUUUAAGGCUGUCUCAGAGAAGUUUGUGUUUGGUGUCAUUUUAAAAGUAGCUUGAUCACGCUUUGAUAUCAGAAACAGCCUUGUAACAUGGAGCCUCGUACAGUUGUUUGGCCACUAGAGUUUAAAAUGUAAACAAGUUGCAGUGGGAAAGCAAAGGUGAGGCAGUGUAUUUUGAACCAGUGAAUUGUAGCUUGCAAACGUACCUGAUUUUGGAGUAACUGCAUGGUAGCAAGGAUUAGCAGUCUCUUACACCCCUUUCUUCUUCCCUCUCAUCCCUGACACAUGUGUUCAGCAUACCGUACAUUGGGAAAAAUAAACAACUUACUCCAGCAACGUUAAAUCCCCUUAAUGACUGCUUAAAGGGAACAUACAAACUUGCAUUGCUGCAUCCCGUCUCAUGGUAUUAGCUGGAAGACUAGCUAAUACGCACAAAAAGCCCAGUCCAGGUUGCUUCUACCGAUGUGUUGCUUUCGGAGAGUGUGGUGUGUGGGGAUGCCCAAGAAGAAGGGUCCCUUCCGGCGGGGUCCCCGGCAGCGAUAGCAACUCACACUAGUGCUUCUAGUGCUGGAGGCUCACGGACAGCAUUCCAGGGGCGGGUAGGAAAGCUCAUGUUUGUACUUUCCCUUUAAAUAGGAAAGGUUGGCUCACAUGUUCCUCAUACUUCUCAAUGAAUGUACUGUAUUACCAUUUAAAAAAAAAAAUCAAUGAAAUGAUAAUAGAUUGGUCUCCUUUUGUUAUCUGGUCCUUGUUUAAUUUGUUUAAGGGUUUUUGUAUACAAAAGUUUACAUUUUUAUGUAUAUUUUUCUUGUGUAAAAACUGAUGUAAUAUGUGUAUAAAACACUGUAUGUAUUAUCUGUAUAUAGUGUGACAAAAUGAUUUUCUUUC